AUGAAGAUCCUGAGCUUAAACUUCCUGACCUGCGCGGUCAAGGCCUGCAAGUCCUCUUCUGAUUCCUAUCCUCUGCACCCCAAGGAUGCGGAGUUAGUGCAGGACGACAUCGAGGUCAACGCUGAACUUCUCAUCAACCUACUGCCCCGCAUCGAUUGGACAGCGCUCACCACAACCGCCACAGAGCUCGGCUUCCCUGCCCUGCCCUCGCAGCCCCCCACGGCCGAGGACCUGGCCGCCGACGGGCAGAAGCUCAAGGACCUGCACCACCUGCUCAUGGAGACGCAGAUCAUGGAGGGUAUGCUCGUGUGCGGGCACUGCGGGCACGAGUACGCCGUGCGGGAGGGCAUCGCCAACUUCCUGCUGCCUAGCCAUCUGGUCUGA